CGGAAGUGACGUCAGAUGGUUAUGGAAGUUACAAUGGAUUCUGGGAUGUAAACUAAUAAUCAGCGCCACUAACCUUUUAUUUUGAAAGCGAAAAACUUCUGUUAUUUGUGAUGAAUGGUGACUAAAGAAGAACCAGCAGAAUGAUUGAGAGUGUACAGAUACGCCACAGAGGGGCUGUUGAUUUUGACAGUCACUAUGACAACCUCUGUGCCAUGCAGGACUCCUGUCCCCUUCCAGCUGUUAAAGCACACCUCCAACAGAAUGUAUUAGAUAUCAAUGGAGAUCGAGUCAGAGUAACAGACUGGCAGCCGAUACUAAACACACUUAAAAUCAACAAAAGUUUGGAGUUUGUUGGAAUACGUAGUUACUACACACCACCAAAUGAUGAAAAUGAGAAGAAAGCCAUUAUUGAGAAGAGAAAGAUGCCAUCAAUCAGAUCAAAAGAAAUAACUUAUAGACUGUGUAAAGCUUUAAAGGAAUGUUUGAGUGUGACGCCUGCUCUGUCAUGCCUAGAGUUACAAGGUUUACCAUUGAGAGAGCGUGACCUGACCACAUUGAUCAAAGGAUUGGCAAAGAACUCAACAUUGAGUCAUGUAUCAUUUGAGUUCUGUCGUAUUGGAGAUAAUGGAUUAGAUAUUCUGUGUAAAGGAAUAAAGAACUCAACCACAGUAAACUCCAUCAACUUCACUGGCUGUAGUCUGACAGCAAAGGGAGCUGAUUCAUUAGCAAAAGUUAUUAAGCACCAAGCAAUGAAAAGACACAAUGAAGCCUGGAGAGACAGUCUCAGAUACAGACGACCAGACCUUGACAGGAUGUCAGGAAUCAGACGCAUAACAAUAAAUAAUAAUCCUAUGUUAGGGGAUCAGGGAGCAACAUACCUGGCUGAGGCUCUUAAAGAUGAUCUCUGGCUGAAAGCAUUAGACAUGCAGGGAUGUGGUAUAUCUACAACAGGGGCCAAGUCAUUGCUGGAUGUAUUAAAAUACAACACAACGGUGGUUGUCUUAGAUGUCAGACGGAAUCCAUUGAUAGACAGAGAAGUUGUACAUGCCAUCAUGGAACAGUUAAUGAUCAAUAGUAAUGGUCAAGAUACUGAGUAUAAAUGGUUGAAAGCAGAAGAACCUUUAGACCCUUCAAGGUCAAAAUUAUCAGCAAAGAAAAGGAGGACAAAGACAUUAAAUUCAAGUUUUGGUAGAAAAACCACAAUAAAGGUUUCAGCAAAUACAAGUAGACGGAGAACAAAGUCCACAGGCAAUGUGAAUGUAGCAAGAAAAAUGAAUCCCAUCAGCUCAGAGGAAAUUAAAUCUGGCCCAGGGCGUCCAUGGAGAACAGCUGCAAGGGCCAACAGGUUUAGAGGUUUCCCCCCUGAACAUGUACCAGGAAUAUCAAAUCUGUAUGAAAACAGUGAAGAAUUAAACCUGUCUACACAAGAUCAGUCAUCUAUCAUCAUCACAAAGGAGGAAGAUGAAGACACAAUGAGAGAACUGGAAAAACUGAAAUUAGAUGACAGUGCCCUAAUUACUGAGGUUAAUAAUAUCAAGGAUUUAAGGGUUGAGCUAAUUCAGACAAAGAGAAGAAUGCACCAAGAACAAGUUGCUCGAUCACGAGCUGAUAAAAGAAUUGUAGAGCUAACCUUAGAUAACAAGAAAUUAAAAGAUGAAUGUUUCCGACUGAAACAUGACAAAGGAGGAGGUUGUCUUGACGAUGACAGUGUUCUGGAGGAGAUUGAAGCAUCGUUUAAACAGUUCCAUCAAUUCUUAGACUUACUAAGAGAAUCUGGAUUAGGUCAACUGAUAACAAUGGCGGGGUUGGAUAAGAAGGACACGCCUUUCGGUAGACACAUGUCAUCUACAGCUUUAAAUGGCAACUCUAGCUUCAGAUCAUCAUUCAUUUCAUCUAGUCCCCCUAAAGUGGCCCCUAAACCACUGAAACCAACAUCAAGGCUGAAUGCCUACUAUGGUGACAUUUCAUCUAGUAAACCUGUAGGUGAGGGUCAGCUAGGGGGGUUUGGAAGUUCAUUAGAAAAGCCAGAUAAAUUCACUGCCAAACUUAUUGAAAGUUUCAGAGACCCUGCCAUGCAAAGUGGUUAUGGGGAUGAAAGUUUUGAAAGACCAGGAGUUAAAAAGACUGAUGAUUUGUAUGAACGCAUUUUACGUGAGACCAGUGGAGCAUUUAAUUCUAAUGUGAGUGUUAAUUCAAAUGAGAGACCGGAUGGGAAGGGAGAUAAAUCUGGCACAAAAUCACAAAUAAAACCAGCAAGUGUGAUGGAUGACGAAAGGGAGACAGAAAAAGAAAAUAUCAUGAUGGACCUUAGUGAACUGACUUCACAGCUGCCGAUGAGCCGGUCUCAAAACUCUGAGGAAGACCGGUCUUUACGUGAUAGUUUUUACAAAGAUAUGUCUGAGGAUGAAAGACCAACUCCUCAACCUCGACCAAGAAAAAUUAGCGAAUCUGAUGAUAAGAAGUCGGGUGGCAUCAAAGUUGGAAAAGUUGAACCCAUGAUUGCUUCCAAAAAAGACAUGAGUGAAAGAGAGUCUCGGUCUCGCAUGAGUGAUUAUAACUAUAGCAUGGACAGUUUCGAGCAAUCCUACGUUAGUGAACGAGGAGAGCGGAUUGUCUUAGAAGGUGACCUAGAUUUAGGAUUUGGAAACUCCCCUUCACCACCUGCCGAAGUUAUUGAAAGUGAAGAAGACUUUUAAUUAAGAAAUUAAUUUUCACUUCCUGUUUAGGUGAACACUUAUACUGAGCUUGUCAGUUUCUGAAGGAUAAUUUUUAAGGAUUCAACUUUUUAUUGAAGUCAACGAUGAAAAACAUACCAGUUCAUGUAUACACUAAUUUCAAAUUUGUUUGCUUUUGAAGAAUAUUUUUUUAGUGUCAUAACAAAACAAAAAAAAUUGAAGUUAUAAAUUAGUAAAAGCAAAUGUUUUUACAAAUUUCAUAAGGUUAAUCUGUGCAAAAUUUAGAUAAUUUUUAGAUAAAUUUGGAACUCAAAAUCGUUCCAUGAUGUUUUUUUUCUGAGGAAAAUGUGUCUGAUAUUUUUAUCUGUAAAAAAAACUUGGUGUAGCCUUGAUUUUUAGAUUUUUUUCUUUGACUUCUGUUAUAUGUAUUAAUUGACCUAAUUUAUUAAUGAAUUAAUUGAGUUUUAUAAUUAUUUGAAUAAUGACAUUUUGAUAUUUUUAUACCCUCCUAGAACUAAUGCAAUCUCUAACCAUUUUCUAAUCAUUGAACAAAUUGUUGUGAUCAAACAAAAUUAAAACAUUAAUGUGUUAGUGAUAGUAGCUUACACUAACACACAUAAAAUUGUUAGUGUUAGUAGUGAUCACUAACACCCAUAAAUUUUAAAGUUAGUAGCAUACAUUAACAAACAUAAAUUUGUUAAGUGUAAAUAGCUCACACUAACACAUUAAGUUGUAAGUGUUGAUAGCUUACACUAACACACAUACAUUUGUAAGUGUAAGUAGCAUACACUAACAUAAAGUUACAAGUGUUAGUAGUGUACACAUAAAAAUACCAGUGUUAGUAACACUUACCGUCACACUACUGUAGUUUUUCAUACUUCUUUCAAGCAGACUAUCUUCUGCAAGUUAUGUAUAAUACUUCGGGUGAAUAGAGAGUUUGCUGAAGACUGACUUCGAUCCUAGCAUUUAAAAUUUUAGAGAUUUCUACUGUUCCAUAGGGGGAUUAAAUUAUCAUGGCACAAUGAGGGGCUAUGGGAAUUUAUCAUUUUCCAAAGUAGACUUAAAUGUUUAGACCAUUGGAAUAAAAACUACAAAUUAUCUUCAUAAUUUAAAAACAAACUUGAAGUAUAUAAUUUGCAGUUCCCAAAUUGCAAUGGGUUUUUUUUCUCAAAAAAUGUGACAGGGUUUAUGUUAUAAAUUGAAAUGAUUUAGACUGGCAUUUUGAUUUUUUUUAAUGAAUUUAAUAGUAUUUUUUUCAAUAUCGCAUUUUACAGUAGUCUAAAAGGAUACAAUUGCAAAAAUAAUUACACAUAUUAAUUUCUGAACUUAAAGUAUUAGUACGAUGUGUUAAUUUAGAUUUAGAUUUUCAUUUGCUCAAUAAAUACAUGAAAUUUUUCGCCCUCAAUGGUAUGUAGGAGGGUCCUGAUCCAAAAUCCUGGAAUUAAAAUCACGAAAAUUCUGAGGUCCCAAAUUUGAAAAAUUUAAAUCCUGCAAUCCCUGAAACUCGUAAAAACGAAUUCCCUGAACCCUGAAAGGGUCAAUCCCGAAAUCCAGAGCUUAAAAACACACGAUCCCGGAGUCCCGUUAUAGGUCCUUCCCUCCCUCUAUGUAGGAUCUGUAUGUGACUGUGAUAAAUUUUUCAGCAAACACUCUAUACUUGUAUUGAUUUUCUGUGAUAGACAUUCUAGUCUUUGUAUUAUUUUAAGCAUUCCCAACUGUCUGAAAUUAGAUUGUAUCUGUAUCAUGUUAGUUUCUAUGUAUAAUUUUGUCUACAUGACCCAACUGGCUCUGGCUGCAACCACUAUGUAUGUAAUGCAGGAACUUUUUAUUCUCAAUAUGUUAGUAUUGUUGUAUCAUGAUUUCUAAACCUAACACUUUUAUCAUUUACUUCUAUGGUAUCAAUAUUUAUGUCAGGGGGUCUAUAUUUAGGAAAUUCAUGGUAGUUAACUCUGUUGUUUAAUCAUUUGUUACUACACAGCCAAAUUGUUUUUAUUUCACAAGAUGUAAGGACAAAUUAGAUUUUUCCAAAUAAACCUGACUUCACUUUCAAAAUGUUAUCUUUUAUUGUGUCAUUAUGAUAUUUUCUUUUUUGUGCAUUUACAGGACAAAAUAAUCUCAAUAUUUUCAUCCUCACUAGCCAAGUGUUAUGAUCCACUCCCCUUAAUUCUCUCCACAGAUUAUUAAGGGGGUCUCAUUGGGGGUUCCAAUCACGGAUCCCCCUUACACUAUGUACAUAUUAUUAUUAAGCAAUUCUCAUUUUUUCGUCAUUUCCUGGGUCUCACUAGACCUAAUUUCCUGUUUUCAUGACACAAUAAUUUGACUUUCACGUGUCACGCCUACAAAAAUCGGCAAUCCUGUGUCACACUAAGACCCCAGUGAGACCCACUAUUUUGUGCCAUCUAUCAGUUAGUUUUCUCUUAAUUUGAAACAGUUGGAGAAGAGCAGAGUGGGUCAUAAGCCUAGGCUACCAAAGAUGAUGUAUUAUUUUGCAUUAAAUGUGUAAAAAAGUAAGGAAAAAAAGGGCUGCUUGUUAACAUAUUUCAAAUGGAUAUAAUCUUAGAAAGUUUUUGUGUUUUGAGCUGUCAUAGGAGCUUAUAAUGUGUAUCUACAUUUGGUAGAAUGCUUUUUUAUAUGAUUAUUUAUUUAGUAAUAAAUAUGGAAACAUUA